CCGCCCGAGUGGAACCGAAGGCAAUUCGGCGGGAAGGUCGGUUGGACCCGGGCGCAGCGACGGAGCCGAGCGGCGUUGGCGCCGGGAAAAUUAAAGAACAACAACUGCCAAGUAUGACCAAGAUCACAAAAGAAUUAUUGCUUGAAAAAGGAAUCCCAAAGCACUCAAAAUUGGAACAUAUCAAGAAACUCAAUCUUUCUAACUUAAAUUUGAAAACAAGUGAUUUGGAUCCAGUACUAUUUUCCCAGUUAUUGGAGUUGGAAGAGCUGGAUGUGUCUAGAAAUCUGCUAACUGAAAUUCCAAACAAUCUGGGACUUGCUAACCUGAAGUGUCUAAACUGUACUAAUAAUGAUUUGGAGCAGAUUACAUCACUUGGCCAGUUUGAGAAUCUUGAAGAUCUCAAUUGUGAAGAUAACUUGCAUCUGACAAUCUGUGACACAUACAAGUUGAUAUAUUUAUUGCCAAACCUCCAGCAACUCAAUGGCAGCAAUAUAACAUCCAGUGGAUAUCAACUGAGGUUUAUAAAUAGCCGGCAGCUAAAAUUUCGAGUAAAUGCUUAUUGGGAUAAAAAGUACAAAGCUCAGUUCUUAGAGUCAUCAACUGCUGAUGAGAUGAGGGCAGUUGGAAAUAAGUUUGUGAAAUCUGCAGUUGCUAAUGUUAAAUAUGGACCAAAUUCUCUGAGUGAAUUUACAAAAUGGAGGGUGGAAAUGAUAGCUUCAGAGCUUCUGGCCUCUCUGCUACAGCAUAAGGAGGAAUCCUCUGACUCAGAAAAUGAAGAAGAAAAUGAAGAUGAGGUAAAUCAUAGUGAUGUCUUUAAGAACUCUGGUAGAAGUAAUGUGAUCUCUGGGUCCUCCACUGAAUUAUUUUCAGGUAGAAAGACUGCAGAGGAUAUUGCCAAAAGUGCAAAAAAUGAAAGAACUAAGGUCCCACAAAAUGGAAAUGAAGAGAUUUCUAAGACUAAAUUUCAGUCUGGGAAAGAAAGGCAAAUUAAAGUGGUAAACCCGACCAAGAAGGACAACAAAAUUGCAAUGAACAAGGAGGCCAAGACUACUAAGAGAGAAUGUUCAUUGACUCUGGUAGCAGUCAGUAAAGAAAGUACUCCAAAGAAGAAAUUGAAGUACAGGAAUUCUAUUGUCCUAGAACCUCUGCAUUAUCUACAGUGCCACAGCAAGAAUAACAACCCUGAGGAUUUCAGCACUCAGCUCUGGGCCUGUGCUUUUGAACCAGAAGUUGAAAGCUCCCAGAUUCCGGAUGUUGAAUUGCAAUCAUCUCGAAAUGUGGCUGUAUGUGGAGGAGAUUCAGUUUGCAUCAUUGACUGUGAAACUGGGAUUGUUUGUCACAAGUACAAAUCAAUUGGAGAGGAAUUCUUUUCUCUGGCCUGGACCACUCUAACAGUGAUUGAUAAGAAUCAGAAAAGAAAACUCAAUGUCUUAGCUGCAGCUGGCCGGAUGGGUGUAGUAAAGCUGAUUCACGCAAAAGUAAACUACUGCUAUGGAAGCGUAAAGGCUCACAAGAAACCAAUCUCAACACUCUGCUUUUCUCCAAAACGGGAGACUUUUCUCUUCACUGGAUCCUACGAUUUCACAAUCACCUUAUGGGAUAUUGGUGUUCCAGAUCUUGAUUAUAGGUUCCAAGCAAGCCGUUUGCUGGUUUUGAAUAGUUGUUCAACUCCUUUAAAGAUGAGCCUUGUUCCAACGUGCCCUGAUCAUUAUCUUGUGGCUGCCUGUGAAAAAGGUUGCUUUGCUUGGGACAUCACACCAACAAAACUUGAGGGAAAGAGAAGCAUUGAGAUGGAAUUUCUGUUCCCAAUUUACAAUAAAGAGGAUAAUGAAAAUGAUUAUCAUACUAUUGAUACGUUAGCUUUCUGCAGUGAUGAUCUAAUAGCUUCCAAAAGUUCCAAGCAAGGCUCAAUAUACCUGUGGAGCUGGAGUAAGACCUUAAAAAAAUGGAAGAAACGGAACACUAAGGUGCAUGCAGAGAUUCUGAGAGAGUUUGAGUGGUCCAAUACAGAAGAGUCUUACAUAGCACUCACUGCUUGUCCAGCUGAAAACUAUCUUCUAUGUGGUGAUGAGAAGGGAGACAUCUGGAUGUAUAAGUUGGAUGAGUUCAGCACUGGAUAUGUGACUUCUGGCGAGAAGACCUUACCAACACAGAUUCUGAAGUGGCCAGCGAUAGAAGCAAAAGGGGAAAUAAUUGAAGGAACUUUUGUAAAUGUCGUAAUUACAGAUUCAGAAUUUAAAUAUCUUGUAGCAGCAACAGACAAAAACAUUGUUGUUAUUUGGAAAAGAAUGUAGUUAUCGGCAAAAGAACUGGAUAUCCAAACUUCAAGAUUAGAGCCACUGAACUUUUAUCACAACUGAACAAUGCUACCUGGCAUUCUAGUACUGUAUUCUAAAUGGUCCUGCAGUUUAUCUCAAAAGCCAAAAUCUUUGUGUAAGAAGUAUGGGACAAGGUAUAAAAGUCAUUGAGUCACUGUAAUAAAUUCUACCAGGUCACCGGUCAUGCUGCUAAUGGUAGAUGAUUUGAAAUAAAUACAUCUUAUAGUAUAUAAAGUGAAAUACAUUAUUUUACUGCUAAAGAAUAAUCAUAUUUGACUUGCAAUUCUUCUUUAGGCCUACAGGGUGUAAUUGCUGUUCCUUCCUGAAACGAUUUAUGGUCUAAUUGUUUUUAAGCAGAUUAGAAAUCUGACAUAAUUUUUAUAUACUCUCCCUCCCUGACCUCACCACCCCAUAAAAUGUAAAAUUUAAUAUUAAUCAAAAUCUAUUAACUGUUGGUGGAAAAAUAUAUCUGCACUUUAGAAAUGAUGUCCCUUUUUGUGUACUUUUUAGAGUCCAUCACAGUUCUGGUUUCAUGUAUGUCGCCAUUAAAUCUUUUGAUUACACCAAACAUGACAAAGCUGGCCAUGAGCUAAAAUGUUUUUAUUGUCCUAAUGAUCUUAAAGAGGCUCCAACCUAAAGAGUUGUCCAAGUUUAGUUUCAUCUAAACAGUAAUUAAACCUUGAAUCCUUAGAGAUGCUUCUUAAAGUUAACCAAGACCUGAACAGCAAAUCAUGUAGUCAUUGUAUAAUACAGUAAUUAUAGAUUAAACAUCCUUUGCCAUGGGCUAAGCUUUAUUCACCAGAGUGAAGCCACCAUUAAUCAUCUAACUUGUAAUUGAACUUUAAUUAUGUGUGUCAGUGACAUUUUCUUAAUAUUUCAGAGACAAUAGUAAAAUAAUUUUUUAUUACAAAUAAUGCCUUGUAUGGUUUGGAAUGAUUGAAAAUGUUGUAUAAAAUUAAACAA